UCGGCUCAGUGAAGGUGGUUCAGCAUCCGCCGGUUCUCCUCUUGUCAUUGGGUGAGAGGGCUCAGAUGUUCUGUAAUAUCAGCGGUGAUGAGAAGGUGGAGAUGCUCCACUCAUACUGGAAACGAAGGAGGUCCCAGGAGGUCACACUGGAGAAGACACCCAGGGUCACCAUCACGCCUCAUUCCCUGGUCAUCUUUCCGGUCACCCCCAGAGACAACGGGCUCUACAUCUGCUCAUACCGGGACAGCUCUCUGGACUCCUACAGGGGGAACGGGACACACCUUGUGAUCACAGCCACCCCGGUAGUGACCCUGACAGAGGACACUGAGAAUCAUCUUCUGAUCUGCCAGGCGGAAAGGUUUUAUUCUCCAGAUCUAAACAUUUCCUGGAGCGUCCCUUUGGGCGAAGAACAGACCCAUGAGAACCUGACAGAGAACGAGGACGGAACUUUCACCAAGGUGUCCAUACUGACCCUGACCACAGAGACCGAAGGAGAGAACGUGGCCUGUCACCUGGGUCACAGCACUCUACGUACCGUCCUCUACCGAUAUGAUCCUUGGUCCAUCCUGUAUGUGCAGCUCUUUCCUGUCCGCGUAGCUCUGGUCCUGAUAGUAGUAUUGAGCCUGGUGUCUUUCCAAAUCUAUCUUCACCGAAAAGGGAAGGCGUCACAAAACCGAAAAAUGCGAGCAGAAGAGCGGGAAACCGUGGCUGCAGAACUAUCAGAGGCUGGCAGUCUACAAACAGUCCCCGGUUCUAUGUGAACAUUCUCAUGGUCCUCGUUCUCUGGGGACAUCGUCAUUAUUUCUAAUUUGAUGGCUCGUUACUUUUUGGGGUUCGAGAAAGAAAAAUCCUAGAGAGCCAAUUGCAAGGAGUUGCCUUUUUAUAUAACACCAAACCAUAAACGUUGCUUUUUGUUUGAAUGUCUGUUAA